UAAUCUGCUCGCUAUUUAACAUUUUAACCUCAUAUGCGCUUAUUCGCUUAGGCCAGUGAUAAUGUUCGAUAACUACGGCAAUAACCAGGCGCAGACGCCGCCCAGCCAGCCGCCGCCGCAAAGAGCACUUCGCUUUGACAAAGGCUAUGUCACCACUAUUCCGGGGAUCUUGAAAUUGGUACAAUUGGUAUCAAACUUUGUGGGUUUCAUCUGCAUAAAAAUCCAAUGGUCAGCAUGGAUAUCAUCAAUCUUCUACAACAUUCUCUACUGGAUGGGCAUAAUUGUCGCAUGCCUACUACUGCUCUUGUACACAUUCCAUUUUGUAGAAAAGUUUUAUAAGAUACCCUGGCACAAAAUGGAGUUUUUCUACUGCAUGUUUGUGGCUAUCACAUAUAUCAUACUGUCUAUAAUGGCUACUACGAUCGGGGAAAGCACUGGGAUUGCAGUUUCGUUCUUCGGAUUUUGUGCAGUUAUAGCAUACGGAUUCGACGGGUACCUGAAUUACAGAGGUUGGCAAAAAGGCCUGCCAGCACAAUAAGUGUUAUAUUUCUUAUUUAAUUUUUUAACUUUUGCAUUUUAUAUCUUAAGCAUGAUAAAGGCGCCAAUUCUGGUAAAUAUAUCUGUAUGAAUACUUGUCAUACUAAGUUAGUAUAUAAAUGGGGAACAUUGUUUGAAACUUUUCAGAUUAAUGGAUGUUUUUAAUAAUGCGGAUUUUGGUGUUAAGCUAUUAAAGCUUUACGCUUGCUAUGCAAGUACAUAACCUAUUGUUGGUAAACUUUAUUGUAAUUGAUAAAUGCACUAAUAUGUUAUGCAACAAUUAGCUACAAGAAACAUAAAUAUUACUUGUAAAAAAUAUAAAGAAUUGGCGCCAGAUCACUCACCGAGUAGACAUGUUAGGAUAGGAAUAAAAGUUUUUUAUUUAUAAUUCGUAAAGAAAGUGUAACCUAUAUUACGCUCUAUCGAUUUUAUGUAUUCGCUUAUAGCCUUUCAGAUCUCUAUGGUUUGGCUAGAUAUGAGAAAAUGUGCCUGUUUAAAAUGAUAACUGCCGCCUAGACUUGAAAGUUUGCCUGACUUUCAGCGUGCCAAUGCCAAUUUCAUUCUUAGGGUCGUAUUCCAGAUCUUUACUCAAUGCUCAAGUCAGGAUUUGAGCAGACUUGAGUAUGAUUUCAGUGAGCACUGAAAAUCAUACUCAAGUCCUUGCCAUUAGGGUCGUAUUUACAGUGCUUGAAAUCAUACUCAAGUCCUGACUUGAGAAUUGAGUAGAGUUCUGGAAUACGAUAUUACUCAUUCAUAAGGCAGGUUCCCCCGCGAAAAACGUGUAAGAAACUCUUAUUCUUUGGAAAUAAAUAUUUGUUCACAUUAAUUUGUCAUUUACGAGUACCUGAUAGAGCUAUUCGGAACACCAUGGAGUUUUGCUAUAUGGUACUUUUAAACCUCGUAAAUGGCAAAUUAAUAGUUUAAUGUUUGCAGAAAUCAUAAUGAGCUCUUUUU